UACUCAAAAAGCCUAAUUUAUUAAUGAGAUUUCAAAAAUCUAAAAUAAACACCACGAUAUAAAUUUAUCAAAUAAUAAUGAAAUAAAUUGGUAAACUGAUAUGAACUCGAAACUUCAUUACUGAAGUAGAUUUCAAUUCAGACAAUGUGUUUAGGUGAGAAGCUCUGAUGUAUAACAAACCUCGAAUCAAAUAUGAUAGACAAAGAACAGAUAUUCCAUCAUCAUCAUCAUCAUCAUCAUCAUCAUCAUCAUCAUCAUCAUCAUCAUCAUCAUCAUCAUCAUCAUCAUCAUCAUCAUCAUCAUCAUCAUCAUCAUCAUCAUCAUCAUCAUCAUCAUCAUCAUCAUCAUCAUCAUCAUCAUCAUCAUCAUCAUCAUCAUCAUCAUCAUCAUCAUCAUCAUCAUCAUCAUCAUCAUCAUCAUCAUCAUUGUCAUUGUCAUCAGUCUGUGAUACAAAUAGUAUACUUAUUCUUUUACUAUAUAUAAUCAACCUUCCAAUUUCUUCACUUCCUUAUAUGAAAGAAAAUUAA